CACUCGUUUGACUUCGUUUCCACUGAGUGAAGUUUUGGAGAAAAAUGAAAAAUGAAAGAACUUUUCAACUAACUUAGCAGGUUACCAGAUCGAUUGGAGUAAGUGAAGUAAAAUGCAGUCGGGUAGAAGUUAUCCAAUUUAGUAGAAGAAGUGAGCGACAUGGCAGUUGCUUCACCCGACCUUGUCAAAGUUAUCCAGGAAGGCGGGGUUGAUGAUGUUCGCAAACACCUGGCUGACAACCCAGCACCCAUUGACAGUGCAGAUGAGGAUGGCAUGACAUUGCUUAUGCAUGCCGCAUACAAAGGCAAAGUCGACACGUGCAAGCUGCUUCUGGCACGCAAGGCAGAUGUCAACUGGAGCAAGCAUGAACAUGGGUACACUGCGCUGAUGUUUGGAGCCAUGAGUGGAUCUACAGAGGUGGCACGGAUCUUACUAGAAGCCGGUGCCAACCCGAACAAGCAGAACAACAUUGGCCGCAACGCCGCACAGCUGGCUGCGUUCAUUGGGCACAGUGCAGUUGGUCUGGUCAUAAACAGCUUCUUUCAACGAUCCACGCUGGACUACUAUUCCGUACCACACGGGGUGGAGACACAACCAAAGCUGCCUCCGUAUGUGGUAUCACCACUGUACGAGCUCCUCUCCACAACCAAUAUUCAUCCAAUCAAUCUACUGUUCUGCAUUCAAAGCAACCCUGAAUUGCUCCAUGAAGUCAAGAAGGUUCGAGCUGUCAUUGAGCUUCUUGUGGAGAAGCAGUACAAGGAGCUAGUCAAUGAAGUACUCAGCAUCAAGUUUCAUCUCAUCAGUGCGGUGCUACAGUUUGCAGCCAAGGCAUCGGCUUCGGACACCGACACUGGCCCCAAUAGCAUCGAUGCUAAGAUCAAAAUAUUAUUGCGAGGGCGUGAGGAAGACGGGUUUCCAGCGUUCAUGGAAGCGUUUCUUCGGCAAUCGAUUCGCGACUACCCGUACCACACAUCGGUGAUGUUGGAACAGCUGGUCAGGACGAUAUCGCCCGUCAAAGUGGGUGAUAGCCCGACAUCUCUGAGAGCCCUACACUCGCUGCUGUUUGGCCUACAAAUGUAUGAUGAGUCCAAACACUGUGUUACCUGCGGAACAGGCCAGAAUGUUCGCCGCUGUACGGGAUGUAGCCAGGUCUCCUACUGUGGCCGAAAAUGUCAGUCUCUACACUGGUUCACGCACAAGAAACAUUGCAAAGCUGCAGCCAGUAGCAGCAGCGGCAGCAGCAAGAAGAAACCCUCAUCAAGCACAGGGGCAACGAGCAGUUCUUGACAGGCCGCCUUGGUGUCAUCAUGGAUAGCUGUCCCUGUACAGUUCAUGCCUUGAUACCAUGGCUAGAGUUGCUUGUACAGUUCAUGCUCCAUGGGUUAUGACGCCGUGUAGGUCUGGUCCUAAUCGAUGACGUCCGGAACACACCCAGUAAUAACCAAAAGGAGGGCCAUGAAGACAGUGGACAUCACCGAGCCUCUUAGCCUAUUUUUGUUGAAAGAUCUUUUUAGACAUUAUGUGCAUGUUCUAUCAUAGAAUAUACACACAAGUUAGGUACCGUUUAGUCCAGUUGUUCCUGGAACUGGAUAUACCGUAUAGAACUACUCGUUCACCUGCUGUAGGUUAGUAGUAGUGUUUGUCUGGAACAGAAUGCUGGACGUUUUGCUCCGACAUCGCCUCGGAGUGCUUUUUGCAACAACAAAAGAACUUGCGUAAGCGCUUGACCUGGUUUUGUUUUCAAUUACUUUUCAUGCUGGCGAUGCGCAGCACGUCACGUUACAAUGUAGUGUUGUUUUCAUUGCA